AUGAACAGUUUCCGGUUCACGGACGGUGGGCGAUCAACCUCUGGUACGCAAACGAUAUCGAAGCGUGCACUGGAGUCUAGGGCGAAAUGGGUGAACGUCCACGACCGGAAGUACAAGGACUACCCACCGAUCAGAAACCGCAAGGAAGUCAAAACUGGGGAGUCGUCAUGGAAGUGGCCGUGGGAUCCCAAGGUCGACGUAAGGGGCCACCGCGAGGUCAUUCUGCAGACUCUGGAGGGAUAUCACUCGAGCAAGAGGGAGCGCGAGCGCUGGCGGGUGGAGAGUGAGUUUGGUUUCUUGGGCUUCUACGAGCACCUGCACGAGUACGGAAUUUGUGAUGCAGACAAAAGUGGGGAGGCUCUCGACAGCAGGGUGGAGAGGUACGACCCUGAGGGAAAGGGCUAUUACGACGACAGCCAGCCGAGUUAUCCCUCCUGGGCGCCGGGGGGACUGUAG